GGGGGGGGAGGGAGGAGACGAGUGAGGGGGAAGACCGAUUGGGUGUUGAGAAAGAGAGGGGGGGAGAGAGAGAGUGAGUGAGUUAGUGAGGAGGAAGUGGAAGGGAACGAGAAGGUGAGGCGGCUAAGAUGGAGAGGACAGACGCGGUGGAUGGGCGAGGCCGUCUGGAUUCACGGAUGGGGAGGUGGUGUGCGGUGAAUGUCGACGGUGAGAGAGAGGGAUGGUUGGUGAGGAAGCCAGCCAAUGUGGGAGGGAGGAGGCAGUAGGCGGAGGACGGAGACGAUACCUUACUAGUAGUAAGGAGGAAGGAAAAGACGCUGCUGCUACUUUUCUGCUUUUUGCUGCUGCUGCUGCUGCUUUGCUGCUUUGGCUUGUAAAUGGGGCAACCCGCACCGCACCGUUAGUUAGUUAGCUCCUGGUUUAGGUAUCUCUAGUUAGCAGGUUCUUUUUUAUCGCCCGCCUUUUUUUUUUUUUUUUUUCACACCUCUGACAACAAUUUCUCUUUUUGAUGGUCACCAGUUGCGCCACCGUUUGAAGUAAUUUACCCUGGGCUGCUGAUGAAACUCCCAAAGGAAAAGACUUCUUCAUUCCCCCCCCGUCACGCUCUUUUACUUUACCCACUGAACGGCCAGACGAAAAAGCAACACAACGGCGAUCCACAACCUAAGAUAAGAGACAACUUACAGAGAUCGGACUAAGGCCAAUAUGACGACAACCUAGAUAAACCACCCCCUUUUAUUCUAUCCUGUCGCGACCCUUCUCUCUUCCGUAAUUUUUUCUUUCACUAGAAUCUCGAUC